AUGGCUCCACGAGUCGAAAUCUCCAUCCCUAAUACCACGAUAUCUGGCGGCUCGAAACCCUAUACCAUCUACAACGUCACGCUGCGCCUACCCUUGCGAUCCUUCACGGUGCAAAAGCGCUACUCGGACUUCCUCGUUCUGCACAAUGGCUUGACGGACCAGGUCGGUUCACCGCCACCCUGCACGUUGCCUGCGAAGUCAUGGUUUCAGCGAACUGUCUCCAAUCCACAACUGACGGAAGAACGGCGGCUGGGGCUGGAGACAUAUCUCAAGACCAUCAACGAGAUUGACGACUCGAGGUGGCGCUCGACCAGCGUCUGGAGAGCCUUCCUCAACCUACCCUCCUCGUUCGCGAACCAGACAUCAAGCAACGCAGGCGCAAUACACUCCGUCAUAUCGGGGCCUGGCGGUGGAGGCGCUCCGAUCACAGACCCGGUUAUCUGGCUCGAUGUCCAUCGUGAUCUGAAGACUCAGCUACAAGACGCACGACUGAACUUGACGAACCGUGACCAAGCAUCCACACCCCAAAAGCAACACGAAGCAAGCGCGGCUGCCAAGAGCCAUCUCGUCAAGGCAGGAUCUUUGAUCGCUGCAUUAGAGGAAGGCCUGGCCAAUAUACAAAACGCUACAGAGGGAGGAUGGGGCGGGCAGAAGCUUGGAGAGGGCGAAGUCCGCAGAAGAAAAGACUUGCUCGCGUCAGCCAAGAAGGAUAGAGAUGGCCUCGAGAACCUGCUGAAUGCUAUGGCCACGAAAACUAAACUUGACAAUGCAGUCGCCUCUAUGCAGGAAACCCAACAUCUCAUGGGGAACGGGAACAACAAGCCCAAGGUCGGCGGCGGCAGAGUCCUCGGCAAAGAAACCGCUGAAACGCGGGAGCUUGACAACCAAGGCGUCCUCCAGCUCCAAAAACAAAAGAUGGCUGACCAAGACCUUGAUGUGGAAGAGUUACGGAAAAUUGUGCAGCGGCAAAAGGAGUUAGGAAUUGCCAUCAACCAGGAGUUGGAGGUACAGAAUGAGAUGCUGAGGAUGGUAGACGAGGACGUUGAUCGCGUACAUGGAAAGAUUCAGAUCGCGAAGCGAAGGAUUGGGAAGAUAUCAUGA